ACGUAUAGGGAGCUACAUAUAUAGAGGACCAAUGAGAUACACUUGCUCUACUUAAGCAUUUGGUCUUUCAAAGAUGAUUAAGUCCUUUCCUUCCAAAGCUCUGGUUCCUUCCAAAUCUCUGGUAAUAAGAAUCAAUCUGGUUUUCCUUGCAGUCUUCUUUGUCAUCUAUGUCUCUGUUCUCCUUGGACCAUCUAGUACUUCAGGCUCCCUGGAGUAUCCGGUAACCACUAUUAAGUGCUCCUUACGUGAGUGCCACAAUUAUAAGGUUGAAGAAGGUGUAGUACAGAUGAAGGCGGUCCUAGAAGAGAAAAAAGUGCGAGAGAAGAGCAAAAUGAGGACGAUGGUGAGAAGGGAGAAGCCAAGCUUUCUGAAUGAAAUGUGGGAAAGGAGAUCAAAGAAGAUUGGAAUGGUGAACAUGAAUGAAGAGGAGAUGAGUGAAUGGGAAAGCCAAGGGAAACUCAUAACAGUAGGCUUUGAACGCGUCUCAGAGAAUCUAGAAUGGAAACAUUUGUUCCCAGAGUGGAUCAACGAGGAAGAAGAGGGAGGCAGAUCUUCGUGCCCGGAGAUGCCCAUGCCGGAUUUCAUGGCCUACGAUGAGAUGGAUAUGGUGGUGGUGAAGUUGCCAUGUGAGUACCCUAAAAAAGGAUGGGGUAGGGAUGUGUUUAGGCUUCAAGUUCAUCUCAUAGCAGCUAAUUUGGCAGUAAAAAGAGGGAAGAGAGAUGAUGGGAAGACAAUGAAGAUGGUGUUUCUGAGUCGUUGCAAACCUAUGAUUGAACUGUUUCGAUGUGAUGAUAUGGUGAGGAGAGAGGGAGAUUGGUGGUGGUAUGAGCCUGAGAUACCCAGAUUGGAACAGAAGCUUUCACUGCCCAUUGGUUCCUGCAAAUUGUCUUUGCCACUCUGGGUACAAGGAAGCAUUGAUGAGGUUUACAAUCAAUCGAAGAUCACAGAAGAUGCGAGCAUAAGAAGAAGAGAAGCCUAUGCCACAGUUCUUCACUCCUCUGAAGCUUACGUCUGUGGUGCUAUAGUUCUAGCCCAAAGCAUCCUAGCUACAGGAACCAACCGUGAUCUUGUUAUCUUAAUAGACAAAACCAUCUCUCAACCCAAACGAGACGCACUCGCUGCUUCUGGUUGGAAAAUUCGCAUUAUCGAACGUAUCAGAAACCCUAAAGCAGAGAAGAAUACUUACAAUGAAUAUAACUAUAGUAAGCUCCGGCUAUGGCAGCUCACAGAUUAUGAUAAGAUCAUCUUCAUUGACUCUGACAUUCUUGUACUAAAAAAUAUGGAUAUUUUAUUCCAAUUCCCACAAAUGUCAGCUAGAGGAAACGAUGGGUUCAUCUUCAAUUCUGGAGUAAUGGCAAUUGAGCCAUCUAAUUGUACAUUUAAAGCUUUCAUGGAUUUGAAGGAUGAGAUUGUAUCUUACAAUGGAGGAGAUCAAGGGUUUCUUAAUGAAGUGUUUAUGUGGUGGCAUAGGUGGCCAAAGAGAGUGAGUUACUUGAAGCAAAUCUGGUCAAACACUGCACGUGAGACAAACAUGAAGAAUCAAUUAUUUGCUUCAGAUCCACCGAAGCUGUAUUCGAUUCAUUUUCUUGGGACAAAGCCUUGGUUAUGUUAUAGGGAUUAUGAUUGUAACUGGAACAUAGGUUAUCAUCUCGCUUUCGCCAACGAUGUCGCGCAUCGACGUUGGUGGAAGGUGCAUGAUGCCAUGGAUGAAGGGUUGCAGAGAUUUUGUGAACUUACUCCUAAGAGGAAGAUGAAAUUGGAUUUGGAUAUAAAGGUGGCAAGAGAGAGAAGUUUACAAGAUGGGCAUUGGAAGAUCAACAUUUCUGAUCCAAGACAACACAUGUUGCUUGCAGGAUAGUUAACCUAGCUACUGCAAUACAUGUUGUUCCAUAAUAACCUGCAACAGUACAGGAUCAUCAAUGGUCUUUUUUCCUUUUUCCCUUCGUACGUAGCUACAACAAUUGCUACAUUUUCCUGUAAGUUAUUGUUUGUAUAGAAUCAUGACAGUGAGAAAUGGGAACAAAUUCUUUUCUGUUUA